ACCUUAACGGCUUAUUGCUCAAUGUGUUUUCUUAACUCGCUUCGGUAAUCGACGCCAGUGAAUCACGGUUCAAUAUUAUCACGUACCUACUCUAUAAAUUGUUAUUCGUGUACUCACAUUGUUAAUUGUUAUAAUAGUGCGUACUGAUGUCGGUAAUUUGGAAUUCAAUGCAUUUAAUUUUAAUAUAAUCGUUUGAUUGACAUUUACUUUUGUUUACAAUAUUCAAUAUGACGUGGUCGGUUAUUCACUUCUUUAAAGAUAAUGGAGUAGAGGUAGUACCUAGCACAUGGUUUAAAGAUGAUACAUGUGCUUGGCCUAAGACCCAUGUGAAACGUUUUAUUAAAAACCAUUGUAUACCAAAUACUAGAGGGUUCAAAGCUAGGGCAUUGUCUACAAAUAUUUAAUCGUUUCUUGUUGCUCGAACGAAAUGCAAAAAAUAAUUGAUCACUUCGGAUUUAUCAUCUACUGAAGAUGACAAUUAUUCUAAAAUAAAAAAUAUAAAUAAUGGAAAAAAAUCAAAAUCUGGUAAUAAUUGCAGUAAUAACAAAAAAACGGGAUAUGGCGCUGACAAAUCAGACAUUGAAACUGAUAGCGAUGACAAUAAUUAUGAAUUACCAGCUUAUGAUUCUGGUGAUAAUAAUUCCAGUACAAAUAACAUUAAUUGUCUGUCUAAGAAAUCUUGUGUUUAUGAUAUGCUUGUCAAAUCACCAUCAAAAACUCCAGUUUUUGAAUCUAUUGAUGAUAAUUUCUGCAUGGUGAAAAAUGUGUCACCUUAUAGAAGAAAUAAACAUUUUGUACUUUCUCCUAAUAAUUUGGCAAGAGCAGAAAAAAACAAAAAGAGAAAUUUAUCUGAAUUUCCUAGAAAAUAUCCAUCUCCUGAAACUUUUCAAUCACAGAAAAAAAUUAAAUCAGCACCUCUUAUGAAGAUGACUAAAUACCAUUCUCUUUCACAAGAAAUAUCUCCUACUACUGUUCAGAAGUAUUCACCAUUAAAAACAUAUGCACAAGCAUCUGCGGCGAGAUCUGCGGUAUCCAAGCAAUUAUUUAGACCAGAUAACUUAAGCCAACCGUUGACUACUUUAUUAGAAAAUAAACAAAAAACGCCUCCAAAACCAAAUAAAUUAAAAAAUUCUUCAGAAGAUCAAUUUAAGGAACUCAUUUUAUACAAUCUUUUAGUAUUGAAACACAGCAUUAGAAACAUCAAUGAAAAAUUGACAUUGGUUGUCGAAAGGCAGAUUUCACACAAUUAUAAUGUUGAAGAAUCUAAUGAUCUUACAUUAGAAUAUUCUAAUUUGGACUGCUUAUUACCAAUUGAUGAAGAAGAUACAUUAGACAAUAUAGAAGAACAGAUAAGAAGUACCAUGCAUCAUUGACUAAACAGUUAGCUGGACUUGGUGGAUAAAGUAUCAAAGUCAUUGUCAAAAGAAUCAUGGGAUAUUUGUUCACUGACAACACCUUAGCCUUAUAUUCUUUUAAUGGCAGAGCAAAUAAAAAAAAAUGUUUUGCAAAUCUAUCAAUUUCAAAAGUUAUAUAUGUUAUGCUGUUAAAUCAAUUAAACGAUUGAAUAAUGAAUCAUCGAUGAAAUUGAAAAAUACUUUAAGUAUUAUCUCAUUCAAGCACCAUUCAACAUAAAAAAGAAAAAAGAAAUGUUUCAUUGAAUAUGAAUAUCAUUUAAUUUUGUAAUUAUUAUGUACAAUAUAAUAUAGCUAGGCUAGGUUUGCCUUUUAGUUAUAUCAUAUUUCAACUAUAUAUAUACUAUUAUAUUAUAUUCUAAAUAAAUUUAUAGGUACAUUAUGUUUUACUAUUAUUAUAUUGUUA